UAAGCAUAAAAAAACAAAAAGCAUAGUUCUUUUGUCCGGUCUCCUCCCUUUGCAUAAACGAUUGAAUUCGUCUGCGGCAGAGCAGCAGUCGCAGAGCAGUGCUAGAAGGCUAGAUUGAGUUGAAUUGAGAACUUUGUUCGUCCAGUUUGAUCGGUUAAGAAUGUCCGCUUCCGGUGUGCUAAAGUCCGUUCGAGAGGACGAUUUCUUGGAGUACUUUCUGUUUCCGACCGGUCUGGACCAAAAGGAUGUUUCGCUGGAGAACAGUGAACCCCUGCUGGAGUGUCUCCAGGGAAAGGUCAAUAAACUGGCAAAGGACUUCUGUCAGCGCUACAUCUGGCAUCGGGACGAGUUCAAGGUUGCUAUGCGGAAGGGUGAUCUCCAGCAGCGCAUGUUGAUCGAGGCGAAUGGCUUCGAGAACGAGAAUGUUCAGCUGCCACCUCAUCUGCACGGAAUAACGCAUUAUGGGGAUAAUGUACAGGAUGAAUGGUUUAUUGUGUCGUUACUGUUUCAUUUAACUCGCCAAAUUCCGGAACUGGUGGUGCGAGUAGUGGAUUCAGAUGGAGAAUUUUUACUGAUUGAGGCGGCUGAACAUUUGCCCCGUUGGGCAAAUCCGGACCGAUGCGAAGGUCGAGUUUUUAUUUGCGAUGGCGAAUUACACUUGGUUGGCACGGAGGAUCAGAACGAAGCGUUCCCAAUGGAGCGUGUCUUUCGGGAGCUGAGCUCGGAAUCUCGUUCCAAGUGGGUGGUUUCGAAGAGCAUACAAACCUGUAUUGAUGAGCGGAUUCGGGAUUUUCCGGAAAAAAUUGGGGACAAUCUUCACCGAGCCACUCUUUAUGUUCCUGUUGGAGUGGCGGCCGUUUUGGAAGAGAAUCCCCGAUUGAUUUCUGCCGCGGUGUUGGCGUUCUGCAAUCGUGAUCCCAUCGACUUGAAAGUGUGCCGGGCGAUGCGGUAUUUUCCUCCAGAGAGCUGUGUUUAUACGAGUGUAGUGUUCACUAGAUGUUUGUACGCGAUGUUGUUGCACAGCAACUACCUUCCUGACAGAAGAACUGGUUGGAGUCUACCUUUGGCAAGCGAUGCCAACUAUAAGGCAUAUCUGUUGGGUUUGAAAUUGGCUUGUGGCUUCGAAAUAUUAGCAUCACAAGCACGGUCUGCCUCAUCACUGGAAACGGACAAAGGGUGGAAAAAUUAUUUCGAAUCUCUCAAGUCGAAAGGUUAUUUUCAGGAAAAUAUCGAAGGAUCUCAGGAGUAUGUCCGUUUAUUAAACGUAGCACAAAGUUAUUAUCGGGACCACAGUGACUCGAUGAAGUUUACUCCGAAAAUAGGAGAGGAAAUUGUCUCCAUUCUCAAACGCAACGACUACGAUGCGGAGGAACUGCGGAAACAAGGACUCGAUCUACCAACUCCAGACGAUGACAGCUGGAUUAACGUUUCUCCGGAAGAGUUGGACGAAAUAUUGACCAAAAGGUAUGGCUCCCGAAAGCUAUUUUCACUCAACGGCAACGUGGAUGCUCAGGAGUUUUCCAGUAUGGUGAGCGAUUUUCUAGACAAAAAAAGCGAAUUUGAUGGCGUAGAUCAAACAGAUGCGCAGGUUGAUCCGCUGUCGCCGGUCAGACCGAAACGUACCAAAAGCAAGUCAAAGACUGAUGUUCAACCAAUACCUCCACCUCUUCAUCAACCGAUCGACUUUGACCCGGAUGCGUUCGGUGCCCAUGUCAAGAAUUUGCUAGACCUGGUCAUACCGGAAGACCGGUGGGACUCGUCCGACAAUUCGGACAUGAGCGAUUACGGCGAGGAAGACUAUGAUCAAAACAUCGAGGAAAUGUCCCCGACAAGAAGCGGCAGAGCCGCCAAGAAUGCAAUUCAAACGUACAUGGACCAGAUGGAUCGAGAACUGGCUCAAACAACCAUAGGAAAAAGUUUCGAAACCGAGCUUGGCGGUGCUGGGCCGGAAACUCGGACCGACUCGGAUGAUUUCGAUGACAUUGAAAGCUUCAAACCGGUCAACAUCGAUGUCAACACGCUCAGGAAUAUGAUGGAAAGCUACCAGGCGCAGAUUGGUGGCCCCGGACCGGCGGCCAAUUUGCUCGGUUCCAUGGGCGUGCAGAUUUCGCGUGCUUCCAACGGGGAAACUUCGUCCGGGUCAAACGCACAGCGUGGAAGCACUCAGCAAACCGAUGUGUGAACUACUGUCGUGCCAUUCAUGUUUUGUUCGGUAUCUUACUUAACCCAGCAUAGGCUUAAAGCUUCUCCUCUCCAGCUAAUGCAAUCAGUUAGGCGUUAGGUUAUGGUUAAGAAUUUAUUAAAUAAGACAAAUAUUGUUCGAAUCAGGGGACCACCCGAGUGGUCCGUCAUUGCUGAAGUUUAUAUGUAUUGUUAGUCUAGUAGCUUUUUUUGAAAGACCUCAUGACGCACCAAACGGAAUACGAAUGUUUUCUGUAUUUUCGCACACGUACUGUUUAGACAUUAGUUGUAAGAGAUGCCAUAUAAGCUACCGUCUUCGUGUUGGUACGAAAAAUAAGGUUACAUUCUGAGGAUUAUAAUAAAGAUUUUAAGUCUAUGCAGAUCCCGAUGCAUUUUACGCGUUUAGGCAAAUAAAAGAGCAGCUUGGAAGAUUACUCUAC